ACACAAAAUGACAAGUGCUGAGAUGAUACCCACCGCGCUGUCCAUUGAAACCAGUGACCAGAGCAAUGACCUCCGGUCGUCGCCGGUGAAGAAAAUGUCUGUGGACGAGAUGCUCCAGCAAUACUGCGGCGAGUUCGGGAAGUGGCAUCUUAGGCACUUUGUGCUCACCAAUCUUUCAUGGGUUUUGCUAGGAUUUCACAUCAUGGUCAUGAUUUUUGCCGACCAUGAACCCCACUGGAGUUGCCACGCCGGCUCCGUCGGUUCCGGUUGCAACGUGGCCGCCACGAGCAUCUGCCAACUCAAACCGGGUUCGUGGGAGUGGGUCGGUGGCCACGGCGGCACCACCGUGUCGGAGUGGGGUUUAAUUUGUGGUAACAAGUAUAAGGUUGGGUUGGUCCGGGCCGUGUUCUUUGUCGGCUGGAUGAUUGGUGGUGGAGUAUUUGGGCACCUCUCAGACUCCUUUCUUGGAAGGAAACAUAGCCUUGGAGUAGCGAGUGCCCUAAACGCCAUCUUUGGGUGCCUAACAGCACUAUCUCCUAACUACUGGAUCUACGUCGUCUUUCGCCUUCUCACAGGUUUCAGCAGCGGUGGGGUCGCCCUGUGUGCCUACGUCCUUGCAUCUGAACCAAUCGGCCCCAAGAAGCGCGGUGCCAUUGGCAUGUGCACCUUCUACUUCUUCUCAGGAGGCAUUGCAGUUCUCUCUGGCAUCGCUUACAUCUUCCAAACGUGGCGCUAUCUCUACAUAGCCUCCUCCAUACCCUCCUUUCUCUACACAUUCCUUGUCUUUCCCUUUCUAUUCGAGUCCCCGAGAUGGUACCUCGUUCGCGGAAGAGUAAGCGAGGCAAUGAAGCUCAUGUCUGCCAUUGCUUCUUCCAACGGAAAACACCUUCCCGAGGGCAUUCUCCUCGCGCUCGACGAAGAAGUGAACAAUGAAUCCUCGUGUCAGGGCCGAAAUUCACAAGAUGAAAGGUUAGAAAACAAGGGUGGCGCGCGUGUUGGAUCCAUCGUAGACAUUGUCCGCUGCCCCACCACACGGGUGCGGCUAUUAAUCGCCAUGAUGCUUAAUUUCUUGUGCGAUUUUGUUUACUACGGCCUUAGCUUAAACGUGGUGAACUUGAAAAAUAACCUGUACUUGAACGUGUUGCUUAACGCGGUGGGGGAGAUGCCAGCAUUUGUGAUAACGACGGUGCUUUUGGGCAAGUUUAACUUUGGAAGGAAACCCUUGACGGUGGCAACAAUGUGGUUCAGCGGGUUCUUUUGUUUGAUUGCAAGUUUAAUGAAAAACGUUGGGGUGUGGAAGAUUUUGAGAAUGGUGUGUGGUGUUUUGGCGGUGUCUGGGAUGGCAGGGACUUAUAAUUUGUUGUAUAUUUACACAACAGAGUUGUUUCCAACAGUGGUGAGGAACACAGCGCUUGGGUUUACUACACAGACGGCUCAAAUGGGAGCCAUGUUGGCACCGUUUGUGGUGGUUUUGGGUGGUUGGUUGACCUUUGCAGUGCUUGCAGCUUGUGGGAUAAUGGGAGGAGUGUUUGCUCUUGUUCUUCCAGAGACAUCAAACCAACCCCUCUAUGAUACAUUCAGUGGAUUGGAAGCUGGACUUGCGUGAUAUUAGUUCCUUGCAUUAUUUACUUUUUUUUAUCUCGCUUGAAUUAGGGGUAAUUUUACUUUUAAUAAAAUUAUCUGGCUCAUUUUAGUUACUUGUACUAAUUAGUUACUUUUUGUUCGUAUCAAUUUUCUUUGUUUUUGA